GGGUGGUUAACGGGGCAGCAGUCGCGAAGAUCGGAGAGACGAACCUCAGCGACGAGGACCACCUAAGUGCUUCGGAUGUAGGGUGGUCGGUCAUUACCGUAUGGACUGCUGGCGGCACUGGACAGAUCCAGUCACUUGACGUCAUAUGGAAGCGGAUGGCUACAUAUGCCCAGUGGAGUUCAAUCGAAGGACCGGUCCUCCAUCACCGCCAAGACAGCAGCCGCCGGUACGUGAAGUCGCGGCACACAAUCGCCUCGAUGAACUGGAUUGGACGAUAGCAUCCGUCCAAGAAUUCGUCGAAAUGGAGCGAGCUAGGCGUGCGGAGAAGGAGCAACGUCGUCACGAACGUGAGGAAGCCCGUAGGGUUGAGGAGGAAGUGCAAGCUGCAGAAGCUGAACGCGCGCUUCGUAAAGCCGAGAAGCUCCGCAAGUGGGAGGAGGAGCAAUUGGCGAUGGCCAAGGCAGUUGAAGUCCAACUCUCCGUACGGCUGGGCGACAUCCGUGAGGAGAUUAAAACUGAGGUGCGGAAGGCGUUGACUAGUACCUUGGUGAAUAGUCAAGUUAAGACGGCUGUUAACACUAAGGGUAAAGAGAAAGUCGUUGCAAUCGAGGAGUUACCGUCUACAUCCGGGACUUCUAGUGAAGUCGAAGCCAUCACGGAGGGAGCAGGCAAGCUGUCCAUUCAGGAGAAGCAGAAACGCGGGGAGGAUAGCCCACCUGUGACCACUCCUGCUAAACGCUCUAGUAAACGAACUGGUAUCCGCCCGGUACGCUUGUCCGAGCGCCUUCAGCGAACCCGAACGAAGAUUGCGGUUCGGCGGUCAGCUCGAGGAACAGCUACCAAAGCACUUACCGCCAUGAAGCCUCCGGCCAGAGAUACGAUGAUGGAACGUUUGCUUUUCCUCGACAACACCCGGAGAGAGCUGUCCACUUUGGACUACGACAUGUUGCGAAUGAUUUGUCGAGAGGAAGGGGUCAACUAUAGUAUGAAAGUGCAAGCGAUUUUUGAUGUCGCUGAUCGACGAGCACAUGUACGCUUUGGUGAACAGUUACCAGAUUUCGGUGCUUUCGAGAGUGUGGAGGAUGAGGCGGUGCAGUCUGGUAAUGACGAGAAUGAUGAUAAAGUACGCCACUGAAGUUGGCUAACGACCGCCCAAUGGGUUGUCGUUUCUGAUGUCAUUGCAGCUUUUCGGAGGGAAGUUGACGAUAGCCUUGAUGAGAUUUUUUGUCUUUUGACACUCUUGUUCGCAUUGCGGGGCCGUCUUCGGCGGCCCAACAAAUGUAUUGACUCUUG